CUUAGCUGUUGACAUAACAAUAGCUUCUUAUUUCAAUAUAAUCUAAUAACACUUGAAAACAAAAAUAAUCGUCAUGCGAUUUCUUAACGUGAGAAAGAGCGGAGUCGUUUUGGCUUAUUUGCUGAUGAUUCAACUGACGAUCAGCAUCGCUGGCCCGGCUCGUCCGUCUCGCAGGAAUGAAGUGAAUCGUUCGCUAACGCAGAAAUAUGUCAACGUCCAACAUUUAGCUCGAGAAGAUCCAGCUGAAGAUGUCAAAAAAUACGAUGGUGGAGCUGACGUCAUAACAACAACGACCGAACCUUCCAUUCCAACAACUGAGGACUAUUUACCUGUUGAGCAGGAAGUCAUCAGCGGCGGGCAAAGUCUACCAGCUUCGCUGUUAGACGAACCAGUUCCGGCCUCUCUUGCGAUUGAAUCCGACCCACAGGAUACGACAGAGUCAACUCCACUUGAGGCUGAAGCUGUCCAGGAUGUUAAGGAUCCCGUGAUCGAUUCGAAAACCGAAACACCUUUGACCGCCGUUGCUGAAACUCUCCCGGAAUCCUCAUCGGCUACCCCUUCAGACCUUCCUUUAAAUGCACCUGUGCGUGUCCCUAUGAUUGCAUCCGAGCCCGAAACUACCCCUCUACCUGUGAAGCAAGUCGAACCUGUCAUCCACUCGUCGAUGGAAGAUGUGAAUUUUUCAUCGAAUAAAUUGAAAAAACCCGCGGGUGGGAAGAAGCCGGCCAUCAAAUACGGAACACAAGUCCAUUACAAACUGGAACAGCCUAAACGUCGGCCAGUUGUUUCUUACGAGGCUCCUUUGAAUCCAUACCUGUCUGAAGAACAAGAUCAACCCAUUUACCUGCCACCUACUUUCUCCGCCCUUCCUCUAGCUGUUAGCCUUUAUUCGGGCGAGGAAGAUGACUUUCCCCGACGUCCGAAGAAACUCGACUUUCCACGCAUUUCAAACACGGACGAGAAUUUCGGCCUCCACGUUGAUUGGUGGAAGAAAUAAAGCCGAUUAGGAUUACGUUUGCUAUUUGGACUUGAGAAAAUUUCAACUGAAUUUGUUUUAGAGUCUAUCGGUUUUUGAUAUGUUUUUUUUUUCAAAAUGCCGACAUUAUGUUUUUCUUUUGAUUCCUUAUUGGUGA